AUGCCUCAUGGCCACUGUGAACUGGAAAUGACAACGUUCUGUUGCACGCCCAUGAUUGUGUAUGUUAUUCACAUCGACCGGGGCAGCUGUGGGCACGCAGAGGGUAAACGAAGUGAAACCACAAAACGCUACACAAGCCAGUGUAAAUUCAAGUUCACUGCGAUGGGAAUUAAACUGCCAUGGUUUCGUGCACGCAUGACUGUAAAAGAAGGGCCGGUGACAAACGCACAAUUAGUUGGAACUUACAGUUACAAAUUUGAUUCGUACUUUGAUCCAAAUGCAAAUUCAAAACCUAUUCCACUUGAAGAAAAACGAGAUAAAGCAAAAAAUGAUGCAUUACAAAACAAAAAACGUCUUGUCAACAAUAACAAAAAUAAGUCAGCAGAAAAGAUUAAAAGCAAGAAUGAUUCAAAUUCAGAAAAGAAAAUUUCAGGAAAAGAGUCAUCCCUAAAAGAACACAAAACUCAUCAAGUUCAAGUUUCAAAAGCACGAGAGAAAAAUACUAUAGAUGGUAACAAGAGGGUUGUUAAGAAAUCUAAAAGAGCUGUUACUGAGGAUUCAGAUCAACAUUUCCUAACACCAGAGGAAGGAAUACAACAAAACACUAGCAACAUCAUCAAUAAAGAAAACAUUUUAAUUAAGACUGAUGAAGAAAAAUUACUACCAGAAGUAGGAAAAACAAGUCGUCAAUUUAAUCCAGGCAGUGAGAGUUGUGUGUGUAAUGAAACUGACAGUGAAAACCAAAAGAACUUGCAAACUGAUGAUGAAGAUGGUAAUCUCUGGAGUCCACAUUCAUCAAAUGAUGGAACACACCAGUCAUUACGAGAGAGGCGACUACCAGACAGUAAUUUAGAGCAACUCACAAUUAUAAUUCCAGAUAGUUCUGAUGAAUCUGAUGAAGAUUUACUGUCUCCAGCUCUAGAUGAUUUUCAUGCAUAUGAUGAAUUUGACACUUAA